CCGGGGCUGCUGCUGGACCGGAGCGACUCGGCACCAGCACCCAGCCACCGGCUGCUCCUCCGCGCUGAGGGAAGACUCGGUGCAGCCAGGAGCGGACCCCCCCUCCCCCGGUCAGUCUCCCCCUCCCCUCACACCGCCGACGACAUGGCCUCGGACGGCAUGGACGAGCGGUCCCCGCUGCUGUCGGGCCCCAACUCGGAGAACGUGACCCCCACGGCCCCGCCGUACCUGCAGGAUUCAAGCCCCCGAGCCGAACUACCUCCUCCCUACACAGCCAUCGCCAGCCCCGACGCCGGCGGCGUGCCCGUCAUCAACUGCCGCGUGUGCCAGUCGCUCAUCAACCUGGACGGCAAGCUGCACCAGCACGUGGUCAAGUGCACGGUCUGCAACGAAGCCACGCCCAUCAAGAACCCCCCGACUGGGAAGAAGUACGUGAGGUGUCCCUGUAACUGCCUGCUUAUCUGUAAAGACACAUCCAGGAGGAUAGGAUGUCCUCGACCAAACUGCAGACGGAUCAUCAACCUGAGCCCAGUGAUGGUGAUCCCCGAGGAGCAGCCCGCCCAGCCGGCGCUGCCCAUCCAGCCCGAGGGGAUGAGGGUCGUCUGCGGCCACUGUGGCAACACCUUCCUGUGGAUGGAGCUUCGGUUUAACACACUAGCCAAGUGUCCUCACUGCAAAAAAAUAUCCUCCGUUGGCAGCGCUCUCCCCAGGAGGCGCUGUUGUGCUUACAUAACUAUAGGAAUGAUCUGCAUUUUCAUCGGAGUUGGUUUAACAGUCGGCACUCGGGACUUUGCCAGCCGCUACAACGCCACCUAUGUGUCCUGGGCCUUCGCAUACCUGCUGGGCCUCAUCUGCCUGAUACGAGCCUGCUACUGGGGCGCCAUCAAAGUCAGCUACCCAGAGAACAGCUUCGCCUAGAGCUGUGAUCCCGCAAACCCCACCUUCAGGCUUUUUUUCUUUCUUUUUUUCAUCUUGUUCAGAUUAAAACCCGGUCAUGUUCUGCCGAGGAGGGGUUUGAUGUAGAGGGGGAGGUUGUAGGAAGUGUAUGCUGGACAUUUAUUAUGUUUUCUUGUCUGGAACGCCUUUGACUCGCUCCAACAACCUACUGCCUGACAGCCGGUCCCGAGCCGGUCCUCUAACUCUGCAAAGGUUUUGCCAAAACCCUCGAAAACACAGAUUAAAGAUUUUUUUUUUUUCUCCCUUAAUGCCAAGAUUAGUUGUGCUGAUUUACAGACGAUAGCUCGGCAGACUGAUUGGAUUUAGUAUUUCUGGAUCAGGUUUGUGUUUCUCAGCUGGACGUGACGUGACAUCCUCUGGGUUUCUGGCCAGACCGAACCGGGACGAGCUCCUCAGAACCGUUUCCCCGUUGCACUACGACUAUAUGCAAGUGUGUUGUUUUCGCUGCUAGUUGAACUCCAGCUACCGGGAGCCGCGUACUCAUACUGUAUUGUAACCAUUUACCCUGCCUGUGUACACUGACAUAGUAUUGAUACAUUAUUUUUUUUUUUUAGCUCUAGAAAUGAUCAAUCUUUCAAAAGGAAUUGUCCUUAAAUACCCAUGUGUGCCAAUUUUGCUGCCCAGUGUUAGUCAGGAAGAGCAUCAGAUCAACAGGAGCCUGUUUUGUUUUUUUUCCUCUGUCUAACUUGUUAUUCUUUUGUGCCAUGCAGCUUUUAACUCACUGCAGCAAUAACACUUUGGAGAGAUUUUCAACCCAUAAUUCAUCUGUUUGCUUCCCCCCAAAAAAAUGACAGUGACUCCCGCUUGCACGUUUCCGUUAAAGCAGUGGUGUUUAUUUGAGCUUUAGUCCCAGAGGGACAGCUGAACGUCUCUGCCCCUCCUGCCCGUCAGUUGGAAUGUAAAACCCUCCUCCCGCCGCUUGGUGUCGCUGCUCUCCGACCUCUCGUGAACUCUGCUCUAGCUAGCAUCGCUGUGCGCUGACUCAGCAUCCCGUCUCUCGACCAGUGGGCACAGUUCAACUUUUAACCUUGUUUUGAAUGUGAUGAUGACGAUAAUAAUAAAUAAAUAAUGAUGAAUAACAAAGCAGAAAAUAAUAUGAACAAAAGAAGUUUGUAUAUAGCUCAAAUUCAGUUCUUGGAAAAAAAAAUACAGAAGUAGUGUGUGAACUGGAAGGAAAAGAUGGCUGGUGGGUCUUUUUAAAAAUGAUAAUUUAUCAAUAAAAUGCAAAAAACUGGA